AUGUCGGAAAAAGACGACUACGACCACCGAUCGACACGCUCUCAUUCUACCUCGGAUGGUAGCUCAGAUACCAAUGACCCCGCAUCGCGGACACCGUCGCUCUCCCGAGGGAUUGCGGAGUCGGUCAAGUCAAGACAAAUGUCCAAGUCCAACCCUGACGAAGCAGAUCUGGACCGGGUUCACUCUGCGAGAUAUCCAGACGACAAUGCAGUGUAUCACAGUCACGAGGACGAUGACCACGAUAUGACCGACGAUUCCUCGCUGGAGGCUGCCAAGGUCGAUACUAUCCAGGAGGUACGAGGCGGGAUCGUGAACGAGCGAGAUGUGGACCUAGAAAGAGGUCAACAGCCUGCGUCAGAGCUAGAACAGACAAGGACGUUAAAGUCAACCAAAUCUCGUCACGGCGGCAAGCUAGUGACAUGGGAUGGACCCGAUGACCCCGACAAUCCCAAGAACUGGCCCACGAACAAGAAGUGGGCGGCCACCAUCACAGUCUCUCUAUUCACCUUCAUCUCUCCCGUCUCCUCCUCAAUGGUAGCUCCAGCCCUAACCACCAUCGCGGCCCAAUUCAACGUCACCGACCAAAUAAUAUCCCAACUCAUGCUCUCCAUCUUCGUCCUCGCCUACGCCGUCGGCCCCUUAUUCCUCGGCCCCCUUUCAGAAAUCUACGGCCGAACAAUCGUUCUCCAACUCGCCAACCUAUUCUUUCUAAUCUUCAACAUCGGCUGCGGCCGCCCCCUCGCCGUCGGCGGCGGCGUCCUCUCUGACUGUUUCAAGCCCGAAGAACGAGGCAAGAGCAUCGCAAUCUACAGUCUCGCGCCACUACUCGGUCCAGCCCUCGGCCCUAUCGCCGGCGGCUUCAUUGCCGAAAACACCUCUUGGCGCUGGGUCUUCUACAGCGUCUCCAUCGCGGACGGUCUAAUCCAAUUCAUGGGCCUCUUCUUCCUUCGGGAAACAUACGGCCCACGAAUCCUCCGCGAUCGCGCGAAACGCAUCCGCAAGGAGACAGGAGACGCAACCUGGCAAACUGAGGCGGAAAUGCAAAAGAAAACACUCGCCCAAGUCCUCCGCACAUCCCUCAUCCGCCCCUUCCGCCUCCUCCUCACGCAAUCUAUCGUCCAAGUCGUCGCCUGCUACAUGGCCUACAUCUACGGAAUAAUGUACCUAGUCCUCUCAACGUUCCCCUCCCUUUGGACCGGCAAAGACUACUACAACGAAUCCAUCGGCAUUGGUGGCCUAAACUACAUAUCUCUCGGUCUAGGCUUCUGGUGCGGCUCCCAACUCUGCGCGCCCCUAAAUGACCGAAUCUACAAACGCCUCAAAGCCCGCAACAACGGCAUCGGAAGACCAGAGUUCCGCGUCCCCCUCCUCGGCGUCGCGGCCAUCCUCGUCCCAACAGGUCUUUUCAUCUACGGCUGGACCGCACAGACACAUUGUCACUGGAUAGCGCCUAAUAUCGGCGCUGUACUUUUCGGCGCGGGGACGAUUAUCUCGUUCCAGUGUAUGCAGACGUAUAUGGUUGAUGCUUAUACGAGGUUUGCGGCUAGUGCGCUUGCGGCAGCGGCAUUUUUGAGAUCGUUGGCUGGCUUUGGGUUCCCCCUUUUCGCGCCGUAUAUGUAUGAUAAGUUGCAUUAUGGGUGGGGGAAUAGUGUGUUGGCGUUUGUUUCGAUUGCGAUUGGGAUUCCGGCGCCGAUUUUCUUGUGGAAGUUUGGGGAGGUGUUGAGGAAGAAGAGUACUUAUGCCGCUGGGUAG